AAAUAAAUGUAGGCCUACAAUCCCAGAUCAUCUCGUGUGCCCUGACUGCCUGGUAGCCGUUAUACUGCAUUUGGCUCAGUAUAUGCUCAGUAUAGCUUCAGUAAUUGGAUAAGGGCUGAUUUAUACCAUAGAUUUAUACUCGACGUUCCCGACCUGUCGCGCGACAAUGUGACGUCACGGGAGCGCCGUAACUAUUUAUACUCGCGCUGGUGGUCGCGACACUAGUCUAUGGAGACACUAGUUACACUGUCUGUGGUUACACAGGGCACACCAGAUGAAUGGGAUUUUUGUCAUCCCUGUCGUUUCUUGUGAUAAAAUGUUGUAAAAGUUGCAUGACAUUGGCUUUCAUUGACCACUAAUUUAAACUGCAUUACAUUUGCCAGAGAAAAUAUGUUGAAAGCUUGAAUUUGAACAUGAAUUUUCUAAAAUUUCUACAGAAAAUGCUGGCCAGGGUAGAAUAUAGAGGAGUCCAAAAAUACAUAAAAGUUCCACAAAAUGAUGAAAACUUUGAUUUUCUCCAGUUUCUUCAAGCAGUAACAGACAAAUUUAGCCUGCAGGCUGAAUCUCUGAAUGAAGGUCUCCUCAGCUUGACUGAUACAUCAGGUACUGAGGUCGACGCAGACAUAUUUGAUGAGCUGAUAAAGUCAGGGAUCCAGAACUUCAAGAUUGGAUAUUGUCAGUAUCCAGUAUCAGAUCUCGAAGUAUGUCUUGUGGCAGACGAGACACAGUCCUCAGUAUUACCAGGCCCAUCAGUGUCACCAGUGUCAUUGCCAGCAUCCCCUGUGUCAACGUCAGACCGAUCAGCAUCACCAGCUUCUUCUGCUUCAACAGCUUCUACUGUCAUUCUCUCAUCCACUAAGAACAGGAAGAGGGGCCUUGGUGACCUGGACCGUGAUGAAGCAAGACAGGAGAAUUCCACCCACAAGUGUGCGGACCACCUAUGCACUAGGAAUUGUGACCCUUUUUCCAUAUCUGCAAGAUCCAUAUUCAAAAAAAUGGAUAUGAACAUUACUAUGAUCCAGACGCCAAUACUGGCUACCUUGCUUGGAGACUCAAGACAGUCCAACGCAACAGCUUUGAUGGCUCCCACAGACGUUCCAGGCCUGAUUUGCAGGACAGCCCAACAACCUAUCGAGAAUCCCUGUUAA